AUGAGCAACGAGUCGGACAACCUGAUCGAUAAGCCCAAGUCAGGUUACUCGGCAAUGGGCCAUAUGCCAUUGGACGACCCAAUGGUGGACGCCAUCUUUAGAGACGAUGUUUUGGAAGAAGGUCUUGCAGCAAGACAAGAUACUGAAGAGACUUAUCUUCCGACUGAUGAGAUUGAAGAAUCGGACAUGGACUUGCUAUUGCAAGGCAGAACCGAACACAGUAAGCUUCCGUGGUACAAGAGACCUUCGGUGGCCAUGAUCUGUGCGUUUAUCAGCUUGCUUUGUGUUGGAUUGAGCAUGGGAGACUCGAUCGAGAUCUCGCUUGUUUUGGACGCGAUCUGUUCAAAAGCUAACGAGGCCCACCCUGCCCAUCCGAUCAUGUGUCGGUCGCCAGAAGUGCAACAUAUGCUGGCCUCAGUGCAGAAAUGGAGAACUAUUCUCAGCGGACUGAUCACCGUCGCCGUCAGUAUCAAGCUGGGCAAUCUGAGUGACUUGUACGGCCGAAGACCGGUUUUAAUGUUCAAUCUCGCUAUGCUCGUGUUCUGCUCCUGGUUCAAGCUGUACUUGUUUGUGAACAACGCCUACCAUUACUCCACGGCGCUGUAUCUGCUGGCAGAGACGAGCACCGCCAUCGGAGGAGGAAUAUUUAUUACUAUGGGGAUGUCCAACAGUUAUUUAAUUGACUUGGUGGACGAGGCCGACCGGCCCAAGAACUUGGCCAUUCUCACAGCGUUCUUGUAUGGAGGACUCACCGCGGGCCCGUUGGUUGGCGGGAUUUUGCCUGUGACCUCCGUCACCGUGCUGAAGAUCGGAACGUUUUUCCAAACGUUCAUUUUCUUCCUGGGAGCGCUGUUGUUGCCGGAGUCCAGACCAAAGAGACUCAUGUCUAAGAAGAGAAGACUGUCAACGACCAGCGCACAGACCUCGUCGCUCAACAACUUUUUCUCGUCCCUCAAACUGCUGUGGAUCACAAGCUACGACGAAAACGGAAAUCUCGACUACAACGCCAGAUACAACGUGAUCAAGUUAAUAUGCAUCGACAUGCUCACGUUCUCGUCCACCGUUGGAGCCGGAAUCGUGAUUGCUCUGUACGGAACAUACAAAUUCAACUGGGCCGGCAAACAGCUCAGCACGUACGCCGGAAUCACCACCAUGACCAAGUCGUGUGUGCUUCUGGCGUUCAACCCGUGGUUCACCAAGUUCCUGUCGCAGAAGUUCACCAAAAAGCCAAAGAAGAUCGACAUCAUCGACCGUAUCUUCUUUAUGCUUUCUCUCGGAAUGGACGUGCUUGCACGCAUGGUGGUGAUUCUCGCACCCAACCAGCUGGUGAUGUACUCGAGCGUGGCUUUCAGCGGCUUCUCCUCGAUCCUCGACCCGGUUCUCCACUCAGCAGUGCUGAAAUACUACCCGUACCCAGAACGCAACGGUGAGUACUUUGGAUGCAUCGCCAUGAUCAGAAACGUGCUUUUCAUCCUCGCACCAACCGCUCUACUCACCAUCUACUCAAAGACAAUCGAGAUCGACCCCAAGAUCGCUCUUUACGCGACCGAGUUCAUGCUUGUUGUUUCCUUGGGACUUGCUAUUUCGUUAAGAUGA